AUGGCACAUCCUUCAGCUCAGUCUAUGCCAAUGCCCGAUUUGUCUAAUGCGAUUAUUGCGCAGGACGAAAUGGGGCGUCCCUUUAUUAUUGUUAAGGACCAAGGAAAUAAGAAGAGACACCAUGGUUUGGAAGCUAAGAAGUCGCACAUUCUAGCUGCUAGAACAGUUUCUUCUAUUAUUCGGACGUCCCUAGGACCUCGUGGUCUAGAUAAGAUUUUGAUUUCACCUGACGGCGAAAUUGUGAUCACUAACGAUGGUGCGACAAUUUUAUCGCAGAUGGAAUUGGAUAACGAGAUCGCUAAAUUGUUAGUGCAACUGUCGAAGUCCCAGGAUGAUGAGAUUGGUGACGGUACCACUGGUGUCGUUGUGUUAGCUAGUGCUCUUUUAGAUCAAGCCUUAGAGCUAAUUGAGAAAGGUAUUCAUCCAAUUAAAAUCGCAAAUGGUUUUAACGAGGCCGCAAAGGUUGCCGUUGCACAUUUGGAGAAACAAGCUGAUGACAUGUCUGCUGAUGAGGAAAAGUUUCAAGACAUCUUGUUUAAGGCAGCUAAGACUUCUUUGGGAUCUAAGAUUGUGUCCAAAGACCAUGAUAAAUUUGCCCAGAUGGCUGUUGAUGCUGUCACUAUGGUUGCAGACAGGGAACGUCAUGAUGUUGAGUUAGACCUGAUCAAGUUGGAGGGCCGUGUUGGUGGCUCGCUACGUGACUCAGAGCUUAUCAAGGGUGUCGUGCUGGACAAAGACUUCUCGCAUCCUCAGAUGCCAAAGAUCAUUACACCAAAGGAAGGUAAGGACGGCGUGAAGCUAGCUAUCCUAACAUGUCCAUUUGAACCACCAAAGCCAAAAACUAAGCACAAACUUGACAUCGGUAGUGUUGAAGAGUAUCAGAAGCUACAGACUUAUGAGCAGGAUAAAUUUAGGGAAAUGACGAACUAUGUGAAGCAAUCCGGAGCCGAUGUUGUCAUUUGUCAGUGGGGAUUUGACGAUGAAGCAAACCAUUUACUGUUGCAGAACGAAUUGCCAGCUGUUAGAUGGGUGGGUGGACAAGAAUUAGAGCUUAUUGCUAUUGCAACUAAUGGCCGUAUCGUGCCCCGUUUCCAGGACUUGUCUCCAGAGAAACUGGGUACCUGUGGUUCCAUCCGUGAACUCGAGUUUGGUACUACCAAAGACAGAAUGUUAGUCAUUGAAGACAGUUCCAACACCAAAACUGUAACAUGUUUCAUUAGAGGUUCGAACAAAAUGAUUGUGGACGAAGCAAAGCGUGCCCUACACGACUCAUUGUGUGUUGUUCGUAACCUGAUCCGCGACUCCAGGGUGGUUUAUGGUGGUGCUGCAGCUGAAGUUACUAUGUCUAUAGCAGUUGCAAAUGAGGCGGACAAGCAACGCGGUAUCGAUCAAUAUGCCUUCCGCGGGUUUUCACGUGCCUUGGACUCCAUCGCCAUGGUCUUAGCUGAAAACUCAGGGUUGGAUCCUAUCGAGACUUUAUCGACAUUGAAGAGUAAACAAAUAAAGGAGAAUAUUUCUACUAUGGGUGUUGACUGCUUAGGUAGAGGCACUACUGAUAUGAAGGAGCUAUUCGUUAUAGAUCCAUUAAUUGGUAAGAAGCAGCAAAUUCUAUUGGCCACCGAGUUAUGCAGGAUGAUUCUGAAGAUUGACAACGUGAUUAUUAGUGGCAAGGACGAAUACUAA